AUGUAUUAUGAAGCUGAACCAAAGUCCUGGUUUGGCGCCGUGUGGUCAUGUCUCACUGCACAGUUUGGCGCCGUGUGGUCAUGUCUCACUGCACAGUUUGGCGCCGUGUGGUCAUGUCUCACUGCACAGUUUGGCGCCGUGUGGUCAUGUCUCACCGCACAGUUUGGCGCCGUGUGGUCAUGUCUCACCGCACAGUUUGGCGCCGUGUGGUCAUGUCUCACCGCACAGUUUGGCGCCGUGUGGUCAUGUCUCACCGCACAGUUUGGCGCCGUGUGGUCAUGUCUCACCGCACAGUUUGGCAACGUGUGGUCAUCUCUCACCGCACAGUUUGGCGCCGUGUGGUCAUGUCUCACCGCACAGUUUGGCGCCGUGUGGUCAUGUCUCACUGCACAGUUUGGCGCCGUGUGGUCAUGUCUCACCGCACAGUUUGGCGCCGUGUGGUCAUGUCUCACCGCACAGUUUGGCGCCGUGUGGUCAUGUCUCACCGCACAGUUUGGCGCCGUGUGGUCAUGUCUCACCGCACAGUUUGGCGCCGUAUGGUCAUCUCUCACCGCACAGUUUGGCGCCGUGUGGUCAUGUCUCACCGCACAGUUUGGCGCCGUGUGGUCAUGUCUCACCGCACAGUUUGGCGCCGUGUGGUCAUGUCUCACCGCACAGUUUUUGGCAACAUGUCUCACCGCACAGUUUGGCGCCGUGUGGUCAUGUCUCACCGCACAGUUUGGCAACGUGUGGUUAUCUCUCACCGCACAGUUUGGCAACGUGUGGUCAUGUCUCACCGCACAGUUUGGCGCCGUGUGGUCAUGUCUCACCGCACAGUUUGGCGCCGUGUGGUCAUCUCUCAGUUUGGCGCCCGCACAGUUUGGCGCCGUGUGGUCAUGUCUCACCGCACAGUUUGGCGCCGUAUGGUCAUCUCUCACCGCACAGUUUGGCAACGUGUGGUCAUCUCUCACCGCAUAG